CCUAUAUUUUAUCAGUGUUACAGUUACACAAAUAAUAUAUAGGAUAUCCGAUAUUGCAGUUAUAUGGGUUAUUUCGACCAACUCACUCAUGUGGGUAGGCUACACCUUUAACGGAAGCAGUCUAAAUUUGGGAACUUUUCUUCGAAGUCCUGCCUACUCUUCAUGCUCAGUCUCCAAGUGCUUCGCACCUCUUUCAUGAACCGUCACCGGGCAAAGAAUUUGAAUUUGAAGUAGUGGAUUUUUUCAUUCGACUUAUAAGCACGUUUUCCUGGGAAUUCCGAUGUAGUUUUUAGGAUCCUGCAUUGUCUGUGAACAUUAGGCUACAACUGCGCUUCACAUGUCUACAUGCAGAAUAAACUCUGGGAUAUUGAUCUGUAGCCUGCAACUUAUAUCAAGUUCCGGACGAAAUGGCUUGCAAAGCGAUGCAACUGUUGGUGACAUGGCCGUUAUUAACUUCCUGCUUGUUUUGUCUCUUGUCCAGGGCAAUUACAACUUCUCAUAAUGAAACCAGGGGGACAAGAACAGAAUUAUCGACUAUUGAACCAGCAAUUAUAACCAUGACGACUACAGCAACAAAUGGUUCUCAGACUACAGCAACAGACCAAGUCACUAGCUCAGCUGCUUCCUAUGCAUCUAUGACAACCAGAAAAAUAUCAACAUUCAAGACAAGCACCAAUCAGCCUCCUGUAUCUAAGGGUACAGGUAAGGUCCACAAUGAAGGUACCACCCACACAGCCCAGACCCAUACUGCCUCCACCUUCGACAUAGGCAGCUUCAUCGGGGGCAUGGUUCUGGCCCUGUCCCUGACUCUUGUCCUGUUCCUGGGGUACAAGUUCUUCUGUUCCAGACAGGAAAUACGCUACCGCACCAUUGAGGAGCAUGAUGCUAUAAUUUAAGAAGGAAAUGGAGGAGACCCAAUGUUGAAUACCCUGCACUAGGUCUGGUAGACCAUUUCAAGCAGUUCAUGGAAAUGCAAUUUAAAAAAAUAUGAACAUAUACAUAUUUUUUCAACACUGUGGGAAAACCCUGUCUCAGUGUAAAGUUCAGGUUUCAAAUUUGACUAAUAGCAAUAAAUGGAAUGAGGCAGAGCUGGUCCUGGCUUUCCCAACACACUUUGUAAUGUACAGGGGUAAAGUGUUGUGAAAUACUAUAGCCUUCUCCUUUCUACUGCCAGAUGCUGCCCCAGUGCACAUAAUUUCCCAUUGCCUUACUGUGGAAAGUGUUCUGUUAAGAAAUGAAAUGAGAUAUUUCCAUUCUACUAGAUAAGUGGUGGAAGAAUACCUUUAGUGUAAAAAUGUUACAAUCUCAGCUUUCAACUUUUCAGUGGAUUAUAUUUAUAAAUCCAGUUUCACUGUAAAAGUGGCAAAUUUAUUUAAAGACAUAUACAGCCGAUGUAAUAGACUUAUGUUAAUUGUUCACUUGCAACCUGGUGUAACAGCCCAUUUAAGAUGUGAAUCAGUUUUAUAAAACACUUGUCUACAGCUGAAGCUUUUCUACUGUUAGUGUGGUAACACUUUCUAUGAAUGGUCUUUAAUAAGAAAACUACUUCAUAGGCACUAUAUAAACAUGAAUAAAUUCUUAGCUCAUUAAUCAAGGUGGGUAUAUGGUGCAUUAUGUAUGUUUCCACUGUUAGAGUCAGCGGACAGCAUUUAUGCACAUCUGUGUACCCCCAGCCUAAAAAAAACCACAAAAAAAAACAGUGCACUGCAGUUAAAAGCUGUGGUUUUCUUGUCUGUUCCAUUACUUGACCAAAGGAUGAUUUAAUGAUUUGAUCAAUUUAACAGAAAUGAUUGGUGUGCUGCCUAAAAGUGUCCGACGGUUGUGUGAAUAUAAUAUUUGAGUGAUAAUAUUAAACACUGCUUUACACUGUU